AUGGUAAUUCAUGAUGGAGGUGCUUCAUCGUCUUCUUACGAUUACUCUUCAGAUUCAAGCGUUUUGCAACAAAUAUCUACCCGUGAUCAUACUACUUUAAAGGAUGCUCCUUUAAAGGAUGCUCCUUCGAAUGAUGCUCCUUCAAAUGAAGAUGAAUCGGAUAAUAAUAAUCUAAAUAAUACCGAACAAUCUCGUAAAACAAUCUCAGAUACAAGAAAGUUUUUAAAAGAACACGGAACAGUGGCAUUCCUCGAAAACUAUUUGCCAACAACUGCCACCAGCUCUGAUUUAUUAAACUUAAUUAUAAACCUUGGAUUUUUACCAAAAAAUUUACCCAGUUUUGAUGAUGAAAAAAUUAUUGGUCUUAUCAAAUUAUUACAUGCUGCAAUGAAAAAAGUUCGUUUAAUGCGUUCUAGAAUCCAUGAUUUUUAUAAUAUCGAUCAUGUGUUAAGUAAAGUCAAACUGGCUAAUAAAAUUUUAGUAAUUACCGGAGCCGGAAUCUCAACUUCUUUAGGUAUACCUGAUUUUAGAUCUUCCAAAGGUUUUUAUUCAAAAUUAGAAAGUUUAGGAUUAAGUGAUCCUCAAGAAGUUUUUGAUUUAGAACUUUUCCAUACCGAUCCAAGUAUUUUUUAUUCAAUUGCGUUUAUGAUAUUACCCCCAGAAAAUAUUCAUUCUCCUUUACAUUCUUUUAUUAAAUUAUUACAAUCAAAACAAAAAUUAUUAAGAAACUAUACUCAAAAUAUCGAUAAUCUAGAAAGUUAUGCUGGAAUUCAUCCCGAUAAAUUAAUCCAAUGUCAUGGUUCCUUUGCUUUUGCCACCUGUGUCACUUGUCAAUAUAAAGUUAAAGGUGAAAAAAUUUUCCCAGCAAUAAGAAAUAAAGAAAUCGCUUAUUGUCCAAAAUGUAAUUCUACUAGACUUAAAUUAUUGAAAAAUGAUGAAGUUAGUUAUUUACCAGAAAGUUAUGGUGUUAUGAAACCGGAUAUAACUUUUUUCGGAGAAGCUUUACCCAGAAAAUUUCAUGACUCAAUAAAGAAAGAUCUAUUGGAUUGUGAUUUAAUCAUUAGCAUUGGUACCUCUUUGAAAGUAUCUCCAGUUGCUGAUAUAAUUGAAAGAGUUCCACCUAAAAUUCCUCAAGUCUUAAUCAAUAGAGAUCCAAUCGAUCAUUGCAAUUUCGAUGUUAGCUUAUUGGGUUAUUGUGAUGAUGUUGCAAGUCAUCUUUGUCAAAAAUUAGGUCCUAAAUGGAAUAUUCCUCAUCCAAAAUACUCCUCAAUUCUUGGUCCCGACGGUUCUAACUUGAGGGUCGAUGUGGUAGAUAUAAAUGAAGGGGUGUUCAAGAUUGUUAACAAAACAACCGAAGCUGAACAAGAAGCUGAAACGGCUAAACUUGAAGCUGAAAAUGCCAAACGUGAAGAAUCACUCAUACACAAUGAAAAUGGUGUUGCUGAUGAAGUAGUCGAGAUCGAUUAA